GGGUGGGAGAAGGCUCCGGCACAGCCGCGGUCACCGUCACCCGCUGUCACCCACCGGACCCUGCUGUCCCCUGCCGCACCCAUGGGUGUCCUCCUGCUCCUGCUCCUGCUCCAGACACCGGUGGCAGAGGCCCUGGUGGAGCCGGAGCUCUGCUACGUCCUCGACGCCAUCCUCUUCCUCUACGGCAUCAUCCUCACCGCGCUCUAUUGCCGCCUCAAGUUCCUGGUUUGCCGAGCGUCGCAGCAGGGAGCCACCAAGGAGAAGGAAGAAAACAUCUAUGCUGGGCUCAGCAGCGAGGGCCAAGAGACAUAUGAGACCCUUGAGAUCAAACGCUCCUGACCCCAUCCUGUGGCUCCAGGACCCCCCCAGCACCCCCCCGUACCCCCUUUCCAACCUGUGAUGGAGAACUGCAGCUUUCCCCCUGGAAAUGGGGGGUUCUGGCCCCAAAUCGCCGCUGUGGGGCUGGGACCCCUUGAGCUGGGCGGGGGGUGAAGCUGCUCUGGGUGUGCAGUGCUGGCCCCCCCUUUCUGCUCUGUGUGUGUGUCCCCCCCCCAGUAAAGCAGCACCACGUGUAAA